AUGUUGGCUCCCUGCCCCAUGAAUCAAGCCCUGCAAGCUAUCAAAGCUCCUCCCCACAAGAAAGAUCCUCUGGAUCUCUUCACGAUUAGCCACAAAGACGCUCAAACGACGCUGGUUUUGCCAUCGCCCGGCAGCCUCCCAAUGACAGAGAGCACUAAAAGGCCCUUCACGGGCCGCACUACCAAAAGACAAUCCAGCAAGCUUUUAACUAAAGGCAGGCUCUUGCCCUCUUCGUCUCAAGACGAACUGGACUAUCUCCUAGCCGAUGCAAUAAGGAUCCCCGUGGAGAGAUCAAGGCACAAAGGGACCACUUUGAGGACCUACUUCAUUUUCAUUUCAGUCCUCGGAUGGGCCCUCAGGCCUCACCUCUCGUACGUCUUCCAAAACUCCCCCUGCCAACUCCUUAGGUCACGAGACCACUCGCCUUCAUGGAGGGUUUUACUCCUCCAAAGGUUGGCACUGAAAGUGGUGCUCUUUCAGAAUAAGUGUCACGGUUUUCUUGAUGAGAGGGCUAACGCGCCUCCCAAGGAUUGGCUCACAAGUCGGUUAGACUUGGAGUCAGUUACACGAGAACCACUCGCGCUCCUAAGCAGGUUUUUAUCCUUCCACGUCCAUCUCUCUCUCAUGGCUUUCAAGCUCAUUCCGAAGCUGAGACAUUACAAACCAUUAGCGGGCGUGCCCGAAGCAGCUUAA